AUGGCAUCUGCUGUGCCCAUGGCCACUCCGCCUCCUUUCACCCUCGAUGCUGGCAGCGCCGUCUCCCUCGCCAUCGCCUUCGCACUGAUGCCAUCAGCUCAAAUACUAGCUGCCUUUGCUCUGCCCAAGUCCACACCUCGAAAGCUUUAUUACCUCUUCCUGUGGCACGCCUAUGAUUUCCUCACUCACUCCAUCAUUGAGGCCAGCUUCCUCUACCACUGCUUCUUCUCAUACGAGCAACUGCCGCCGCAAACCGCCGAUGUCUCACAUCCCGCGUCUUGGGGUGGUGAGCCGCAAGCCUACCUGUACAAUCGCCCUGACCGUCGCUAUGGUCCCCUAUACUCUCAAGGUCCCAUGGCCAGACUAUGGCAAGAAUAUGCGAAGGCUGAUCGAAGAUGGGGAGGUGCAGACCUGAACGUCAUAUCGCUGGAGAUCCUCACUGUUGGCCUGGCUGGUCCGGCUGCUUUGUAUAUCUGUUAUCUGAUCUCCAAGGUUGCGAACACCACGGAUGAAGGUAUGAAAAAUCGAUAUCAAUCCCGACUCUGGUUCACAGCAAUCAUGCUCGCAACCGGAGAGCUAUAUGGGGGUUUUAUGACGUUCGCACCUGAGUGGUUAAGCGGCAACACCGCCCUAGCCGGCGACGACCCCGUCUAUCUCUGGCUUUAUUUGGUCUUUUUCAAUGUAUUGUGGGUCUUCAUACCUUUCUGGAUUCUAUAUUCAGGCUUUCAAGAGAUCUCCACAGCCUUUGCGAUGAAAAGCUCAUCCGUUAGGAAGACAAAAUGA